CAGUGAUGUCAUUUGUCAAUUGUCAUAGCGAGCUCAAGUACGGUUGUUUUCCUUUUUUUCUCAGUUGUAUUAGUUUUUUUGUGAGGAUUCGCUAGUUUUAAGUUAAAAGCAAUACAAAACAUCAAUAAUUGUGAAACAGACAGUGUUUCAGUAUUGAAAAAGUGUUUUUAAAGUGCUAUUGUUCAGUGGCAGUGACAAACCUCAUUGAUGCGUACUGCGUAUCAUGUAACUCCGUGAUCUUGUGGUUUAUUUUGUGGCUGCUGCAUCUAUUUCCGACCAAGCAUUCUUCCUUAACGGUGCCAUGAAAUAAUUCGACAAGAUGAGUUGGCUCAGAACCACAUCGCUGAGCUUCGCGAGGCAACUGUCUCGGACACUUGACCCCCGUCACGACUACGAGCCACAAGCAUGCUAUAACUCAUUUUGCAAACACUGGCAACAGGCUCACGAUAUUAUUAUAAAAUCACAGCCUCAACACUUACACGACGAUGUUCUCGGUGUCGUGAAUCACCUGGAACAGUUGACGACUCUGCUGGUGUUAGAAGCGAGGGCGAGGCAGAUCAACCGCAUGUCGAGCCCCGCGUCUUGCCUCGAAUACCUGCUCAGUGAGAAUCUGCUCGAUAAGCUAUAUGAAUGGGCGAUAUGUACUGGGAAAUACGAAAAUGCAGUGCGAUUGGAACAGCUCAAGUUAUUCGGUAAUCUCGUUAGUCAUUACGGUUCACAGGUAAUAGCUGCUGAACCAUUUCUCCGACCACUGUUGAAACUUCUCAGUGGAUUUAGAAAUCAGUUGCCACCGCCUAAUCUCGAAAGUCAAUUGGUGUCUGUUCUGAACCAACUAUGCGUGGUACUAAUGCAGAAUAUGAAAUUCAUUGACCUUUUCUUCCUCAUGACGCACACGCAAAACGGUUCGCAAGCUGAAUUCAUCAUCGGCCGUCUACUUCUGUCGUCGGUGCAUAUAGAAGGGUCCGCAGGGUCAGUGGCGCGCGACGCGUUUCUACUUUGUGCCAAAAUGUCAGCAAAAUGUCCACCGCUAGCACAUUGCUUACUUGCGGGAAACGCGUGCCCUAUAUUGGCUACAGGUCUCAGCGGUCUGUACUCGCUUUUGCCCCGUUCCCUGUCUGUCUCUCGCCUGACACCUGAUGAUGUAAACCGCGUCCACAAGCUGACUCUUUUCAUUGACUCACUAGAGUUCUGCAACGCGGUCGCACAGGUAGCCCAUCCAUCCAUCAGGAAGCAUUUGUUAGAUCUCCUCUACCAAGGCUUCUUAGUGCCGGUGAUGGGACCGGCGUUGUUACAGAAGAGAGCGGGUUCUUUGCAGAGUGGUUGCUCCGAACAAGCGACGGCAAUGGCAUAUCUAGAAUUGUUAUUGCGUUGCGUAACUUCCGGUGGACUUUUGAGAGUGAUCUUGCAUUUCCUGUUCGCAUAUGAGUAUGAUGGGAUCAAAGUUAUCGAUGUCCUACUUGGGAGAUUGGAAGGGAAUAAUCAACUAUCUUUAGUAACUCUAUCGCUAAUGGAGACACUAAUCGAUCUAAACUGCGAAGAUGUUAUGAUGGAACUAGUCUACAAGUACCUUCUGAAUGGCAACCAUUUAAUGGCAAUGUACAGGAACAAAUUGUCCGACCCCGAACCCUAUAGGGACGCGGCUGUAGCCUUCAUAGGUCUACGUCCUAGAUGUUGUGUUAGACCUGUAGAAAAGACUAGGCAAUGGGUCGAUGAACUAGCCCAAAGCGGAAGGAGAGUGUUGGAUUUUAAGAGAGAAGAUGAUAAUAGAAGAGUGAAUGGGACGCACGGUGACAUCGUCAUGAACAAUCUAGUCCAUGAAGUUAAUUUUGAUUAUGGGAACCCAAACGAAACUCUUUAUAACAAUUACCAUGCAUAUCUAUGCGACGCGCGUUUCGAAAUCGUAUCGCGUUCCAUUGCCUGUUCAAACUGGAGCUUCAAAUACGACUCGAUCCCACCGAAACGAGAAACUAACAAUAAUUCAACUAAAGAAACGAAAGAGAUAGACGCUCAAACGCCUAUGAGAGAGCAGGACAGCCUAGUAUCAGUGUGCACCAGUGGAUACGAUACACUGAAGACAAGCGAUACGUCUGAAAAAGAACCACACAGCUUGAACUCUUUGAACGAAGUCGCUGAAAGUUCUAAAGUAAUGGAGCAGCAAUGUAAUGAAACUAAAGAUUCGGAUAGUUUGACGUCGUUUGGUGAAAGUAGCGGAUACGAUAGUUUUAAGUACCGUGUUGAUGAUAAUGAAGACGAUGGGUUCGCUGAGGAUUCGUUUAGAAAAAGUUUUGUUAUAAAAAAUAGUGAUACGACGAUGUAUGAUGAAGUACCUUCUGUUAGAAAUUGGCGUGUCAGUGCUGAAUCUAUUAUCGGACCACUACUCCUUAGUCUUCUAAAGAAAGCCGCCAAUUUCCUAGAAUCAGACGUAUCAAUAACUUGUCGUGUAUCAAGUGUACUCAGUAAAUUGGCUUCAAUGCCGACGCCUCUGUUAACAGUAUUACUGCUGUGUCCAGGCUUUGUGCUACAACCUAAUGUGCCUUCAUUAUUUCAGAUUCUCAAUAGGUUAAAGGAAGAAAUUGACGAAUUAACCAACGGGUUGGACAACGCGAGCGAGUUGGUCGACAAGGCGAGAGUUUUUCUCAUACAGCGAGAGAUGACUUUGGUCAAGUCGAGGGCGCAGACAAACGAAGAUAGUCAGCCACGGCCAAACUCCCCAGCGCAAAGAGUUGAUGACUCUCCUUUCAAACGAGUGGAAGCCAAAAGACGCAGUUUCUCAUCUAGCUUCUCGAACAUGUUUAAUAAGAAAUCCUCACUAUCACCCACACAAAACUCGCACAGCCCCCAAAACUCAGCUCACAACUCGCCCGCGCAAAGACUCCCAACAUUCACACAGGAAGCGUACUGGAACCAAUCCAUCACACUCCGUUCCGUCCUAAACGCAGUCGUAUUAGACGAGUGGCUCAAAGAACUAUCAGCUCUAUGUGAGGAACAAGCCUUACGACUGUCAGCUGAUUGCUACGAAAACGACACAUACAUACGAACGGUGGCAUUAUGACUGUUAGCCAAAGCCUCUGAGGGCAGAUUAAAAAAAAAUAAAGUCAUAUCUGACACAUUCGUAUGAAACGCCUUAGAAACUUUUUUUAUGAAUGUAAAUAAACUUUCGGUUUUUUUUUUGUUAAUUUUAAAUAACGAUCAAAUUCUCCCCUUAGCCUUUGUAAUAUUUUUUUUUUUUUCAUUAAAAAUAUUAUUAUUUUUAAAUUAAUAUUAGUCUAGAUACCUUAGAUGUACCUAAGUAUCACAUACUUAAUUUUAAGUACCUUACUCAAUGUAGGGUUUAAAUGUAGAUGCAAUCAUAUUUUUAUUCAUCGAAUGCCAUGAUAGUAAUUUUGAACUGUGAUUUUAUAAUGUUCAAAAAGUAAAUUGGAAUAUAAUUUAUUUUAUACAGUUUUUAAAAUAUUUUUUAAAAAUAAUAUUUAUACUAAGGUGCGUUGUAUAGAAUGUUACAUAGGGCUGUGGAGAGUACAUCUGUGACACGAUCCGCAUUUGAAAAAAGAUGAGGAACAGAUGUUUAAAAAAGUUUUAAUUUUUAAUGUAUUUUACUUUUAGCCUUAUAAUUAAUAAAAUGGAAUUAUUAUCAUAGAUUUUUUAAACUCAAACUCGCAUUAAUAGUAAUUUGUGUUUUGUUUUAUAUUCAUAAAUUUUAUUUCUGAAUGUAGGACAAUUUGAACUUUGUUUUAGAACAAUAACAUCGCUGUGUUAAUUUUACUAGAAUUUUUUUUUUUUUAAUUCUCGACUUAAUUUAGUAAUUAUCAUAGUUUUUUAAAUUAAUCAUUGUUAUAUUCGUGCAACGAUUAUUAUGUUUUGUCGUAUUUUUUUAAGCUAGUGUUUUUGUGUUUUUAUUUAACAAUUUCAUGUCAUAAAAUUUACAAUAUUUAUUUAUCAUAACAAAUACUCUUAAGUACUUGUAAUUAUAAAAUCUAAUGCGCAAAUAAAAAAAAGCGUUAUGCAUAAACGUCCUUCUCCGUCCAUGGGAUGUAAAAAAAUCGAUAUUAAUAUUAUAUUUUGCUAUACAUAUUGAGUAUAUAUGUAUAAUAUGUAUAUCGUCAACGCUUUUUUAAAUUAAAUAUUUUUAAUAUCAAUAAAUUUUAUACAAUAACUAAUUAUCAUUAAAUAGAUCGACUGUUUUGUCAAUUUAAAACCAGUGAUGUGAACUGUCAAUUGUUUUGUUAAUUUUUUUGAUUUUAAAAUUUAUGUCAUACUUAUCAAUUAUAUUUUUAAUCGUGGAGUCGAUGGCUGUCCUCGAAAAUUGUUUAUAAUAAGUAAGGGAAAUGAAUAGUAUAGAAGUAUAAGAUGAGAUUAUGAAUGCAGUACUAAAAUAAUCCCAAAAUUAAAGAAAUAAUAAUCAAAUGGAGUUUCAGUUGUCUGAUACAAUAACUAUUAUUAUUAUUAUUAUUUAUAUAUUAAAUUUUGACAGUUGAAACCGAAAAUUAAUAAACUGUAAGAAUCUCUUUCAA